CCACACCGUGUUUACUAAACGGCGGUCAAACUGCCGUUCAUAUAUAUUGCAAUUAUUUCACUUUAAGAGUUAAACCAGUUGAAUUAAACAAACAGAGAACAAAUAAUAAGAGAUGGCGGAUCCUGCGGUGGCGUCGGGCGGGUCUCUUAACGCAGGAGGGCGUGGGAGCGGCAGUAAAGCAGCUACCAGCGCUGCGGAGAACUACCACCUGGCCAGGCGUCGCACCCUGCAGGUUGUAGUCAGCGCCCUCCUCACAGAAUGUGGCUUUGAGAGUGCAGAGAAGGCAGCAGUGGAGACUCUCACUGAGAUGAUGCAGAGCUAUAUAACUGAAAUAGGUCGAUGUGCUAAAGCGUACUGUGAACACACAGCCAGAAGCAUCCCGACGCUGUCAGACACAGUGAUCACACUCAUCGAGAUGGGAUUUAAUGCCGACACUCUGCCCGUGUACGCCAAGAGAUCACAGAGGAUGGUUAUCACUGCCCCUCCUGUGACAAACCCUCCGGUUACUCCCAAAGCUCUGUCAGCAGGCCAGAAACGCACUCAUCCCUCUCACAUCCCCGGCCACUUCCCGGAGUUCCCCGACCCUCACACCUACAUCAAAACACCCACGUUCAGAGAGCCCGUGUCGGACUACCAGGUGGUGAGAGAGAAGGCAGCGAGUCAGCGGAGAGACGUGGAGCGGGCACUCACACGCUUCAUGGCCAAAACCGGAGAAACCCAGAGUCUCUUCAAAGACGACAUCACCGCCUUCCCAUUAAUCGCAGCUCGACCGAGCACCAUCCCGUAUCUCAGUGCACUCCUGCCCUCAGAGCUGGAACUGCAGAGUCUGGAGGAGACCGACUCGUCUGAGCAGGACGACCAGACGGACAGCGAGAACACGGCAGGAAACAACAUCGCUGACGAUCCCGGAGCAGACAAAGAGAACUCCAUGCUUCCUCCCAGCGGCGUCGUUCCCUCCGCAAAGAGCAACGACGACAACAUGAUCGACAACCCGUACCUCCGACCGGUCAAGAAACCCAAAGUGAGGCGGAAGAAAUGAACCACCUGAACGUACAGACUCACAUUUUUUCCACAGUGGUUUGUUCUUUCAGCCAGUCUGUGAUUCUCUCCAGACCCCCCAGAGGAGCAGCACAGGCACAGUGGCUGCUCGCCCUCGAUGCUGGAACCAGUAUCCACUGUUGGCUUUUUUUGUAUACUAACUGACUUCUAAUGAAGAGAACCUUUUUUUUGUUUUCAUUUUUUGAGCAAGCACUCACUUUGUUUGAAAUUUAAGAAAUGUCAUUUUGUAAGAAACAUCGUCGUGAAAACAAACAGGAGUGGAGACAUGUUGUGAAUAAAGAAAUAUGUUUCUUUAGUAAGAAAGGUUUCAGUCCAGUAGAUGAAAUUGUUUUUUGCUGUUUGGUUCAAAUCACAAUCUCAAGCAAAUAAUACAAUAAAAGCAGCAUCGGACGUCAUGGCAGGCUGUCGUCCAUCAGCUCUGGAGUUAAUAGUACAAACUGAGGUAGGCCACUCGGCUCCUGUGCUUCGAGAACUCCUCUUCAUUGUUGAGCUGUAGAAAAACAAAAUCAGUUUUACAGGAAUCACAUGAGGAAGUGGUGCAUUUCUCCCCAGCAGCUGUGUCAUACAAAAGCAAUCGAGAACAGUUAUAACUCUCAGUUUUUCUAUAUGCAAUAUAUAAAAUGGGGAAUUGCUCUUCUGUCCUGCCCAGAGUUAGAUGAGAACAUCAACGCCCAUAUAAGGGCAUACUGUGUGUUUGCUCUUGGACACAGUGAGAUGAAAACAGUAUCAGAGGAUCUGAUUGGGCUCGGCACCAGAAAACAUCUGUGAGUUUUAAUAAUAAUACUUUUUGGAGUAUUUAUAGUACAUUUUCCUGAAUAUCUUUUUGGAUUAUCUGACUAGAAGUAAUUGCACAUGGAUGAGAAACAAUCCAACCCACCUCUCAAUGGAACCAGUCUUUAAAUAAACUUUCUAAAGGGACAA